AUGGCCAUGGAGAUCGCCAACCCGAAACGGAUCCUCGCCCUCGCGGCCCACGACCGCCAAGACGACCUCGCACGCUUCCUCGGCGCCCUGACGGGCACGACGCCGGAGCCCUCGACCGCCGCGUCGGCGACGCCCUCGCUCGCCGGCACCUCGCACGUCCUGCCGCUGACGACGUCCUACUACACGGCCACGGUCCCCGUCUGGCUCGACCUCGUCGCCGACGCCACCGCCACCGCCAUCGACACGGACGGCGCCGACGCCGACGCCGACGAGGACUGGGCCGCCACGUUCCUGGCGCCCGAGGCCCGCGAGGUCCUCGACGCGCUCGGCGGCGUCGUCGUCGUGCUGCCUGUGGCGCGCGGCGUCGCGGCUGCGCGGGGGCUCGUCGAGCAGGUCGGUCGCGUCGUCCGGGAGGGCCUCGGGGGGUGGGGGUGGGACGGGGUCGGGCUCGCUGUCGGUGUCGGUGCCGGCGGCGGGCGGGCCGAGGGGGAGGAGGAGGAGGCGGCGGAGCAGGGCGAGUGGGAGGACCUGUGCGGCGCCGCGGGGUUGGAGUUUGUGCGGGUGCGCGGGGUCGAGGAGGACAAGGGGAAGAACGAGUAUGGGGAAAAAAUGGGCAUCCACAGAGUCCUCGAAGCGCUCGAGGCCAACGACUGGGACCAGGGCGACAUACCCUCCGACCUCGAGGACGAGCUUGGCGGCCUCGAGGACGGCAGAGACGACCCCGAGAGCCUCGAUUUCGGCGUCGACAGGGCCGACUUUGAGGGUCUGCGGCAGGCGAUAUGGGGCCUCGACACGGAGCCGAGGGCCGAGGGCGACGGCGGGGCCAGGGGCAGCGGUGCGCAGGCCGAGCCGUUGGACGAGGCGGCCGAGGUCGAGAAGCUGGAGAGCAUGAUGCGCAAGCUGCAGGCCGUGCGGGACAUGAGCGCCGGCUUGCCGGAGGAGCAGCGGAAGAAGAUGGCGGCCAAGGCCGUGAACGAGGUGAUGAAGGAUCUGUAG